UCAGACUCCUGCCUUCGGUCCGGGCACCUUUUCUACUCAGAUAUUCCCAAAUAAUACGAACACACAGAAUGUUCCAUUAGUCCAAAGUAUUCCUACUCUGCAGCCCCUGACAUCAAAUCCCUCCAGCGCUCCAUUUUUAACGUCAGCGAACUCGAUCAUGCACGACCAACAAAAAGUGGUGUUCACCGCCGAUCCCGUGUUACCAAUACAACCCAAUUCGUCGGUCAUAUUUCCUGGCUCACAACAAGAUCAAAUUUCUGCAUUACUUCAGGGUCAAUAUUCUAAUAUAUCACACCCGAAUUCGUCAUCAGGUCAAAACAUUGCCAAUGUUCAGAAUGUGCUGAACAUCCUGCAAAAUUCCCAACCGACAGCACUUCCCACCAGCUCACAAUGGGAAACACCUGCACUAGGUCUCAUUAUUCCAACUGAUGCAGGUGUGGUGCCUGCUAAUAAUACGACACAUAAUACUAUAACGGCAUCGAUGGACAGUAAACCAACGGAACAAGUCCUCCAAUCAUCAAUAUCUCCUCAUCUCAUAAAUCCUCCAUCAACGG